AUGCCCUACAUCAUAUGGUGGCCCCUGCAGCCGCAGUCAGAUAUGCUUAGCCUUCUCGCCAUAAAGGUGCCCGAGAUGAAGAGGCAGUGCGCGGCGGCAGCGAUUGUCUGCGAUUACGAGAAUGUCUAUAAGAACCUUGACCCAGAGCCGAGCUGGCACCUAUGGAAGGUCGCCAGUGAGUUCGCUGCCAACCCGUUUUAUCGUGAGGAUCAGGAGUGGCGAGGGAGGGAAAACGAUGUUGAUGUGAAGGAUGACUCUUUUAUGGAAUCAUACUACAGUGAAUUAAUGCAGACGAGGGAGACUACGGUACUUGAAGAGGGCGGUGAAAAGAUUCCAGACAGUGUCGAGAAAAUCGAGUUGCUCACUAACAUGUAUGGCUCCGUGGAAGUACUCAGUGCAAGCCCCGUUCAGCUCCGGAUCUGGGAGGGCAUUGGAAAGGUAUCGCCGAUAUCUGGACGCCUCGACAGUUAAAGCAAGCAUUCUAAGAGUGAGAUUUGACCAUUGAUUAAAUUCGAGAUGCAUUGCAAGGAGUCUGCUUUGGAGGGGAGUGCGUCUCGCUAAAUGCUCGGGGGGGAAUCUACGGGCGUUCAUCUUCGGCCCCCCGGUGGGCAAUCACGAAAACGGCACCGGAGCCCCACCGUCGGCGCCGGCCCUGUAAAACGGUACGGAGCGGAAUCGGCCUGCACAUAAACAGUUCAAGAAGCAAGGCUAUUUAACAACACCUUAUGUUUGGCUUUUAUAAGCGCAUAUUAC